AUGGCUCUUGCUAUGGGUAUUGCCUUUCACCUAGAGCUGCCCUGGACUGCCGACCCGUGCGAGCGUGAGCAGUAUGGUCCCGUCCAGCGACAUACGAUAACCAUCUUCCAUGACUUCUUCUACGAUAUUAUAACGACAGAACGUAGUUUUCGUGACAGAAUAAUGAACAUGGGACCACACGAUUACCAAGAGUCUGACGAGGUUUCCGAAGCCUUCUCAGAAGGCACAAUAUCAAGAUGCAACAGCGUGGAGAAGAUGACCGUGACCGUUUUGGCAGACGGUCUGGUGGAGGAAAGGUUUCGCGUCGAUAGAAGAAAGUUAGAGGCGAUGAUAUUGGGAAGCCCCUCUGACCCCUGGGACACGGAGAUCAUGAAGCUUCCUAUUGAUAUUGAAGGUAGAAUUUUAUCAGCUGACGACUUCUUUCAGAGGAUUAUGGAUGAGACGAAGACAGAGAUCAAGUACCCAAAGUUCCUGAAAGUUGGUGCAAGAAACAAAAAAGCCAAUAGACAGUUCUUCUGCCUAUUGCGAAUAGUCGCCACCGAACCAUCGGGAGCGUGGGAAACUAUGGAGGCCGGCAUUCUCACGAUGAUGCAGAAUGCAAUGGUGCAGCACCGGUAUAGAAGUGAAGAUGCAACGAAGGGGGAUUUUUCGUUAAUUGAGGACAUGAGAUUCACGGGAAAGUUUAGAAUUGCUUCAGGUGGUCACCCUUAUGCAUUGUGUCCAGGUUAG